CUAAACCCAACUCAGCCUGUAAUCCCUUCUCCAUUUGACCUUCUCUUUCACCCUUUCGCUCUCUGUUUUCGUCUUGGGAAUUUGGAUUUGUUUUCCCAUGGCUUCUUCCACUGCUCAACUCCAUGUUCUCGGUGGUAUGGGUUUCGCUUCUCCGCGAAAACCCAACCACCAUUCUCCUAGAACCGUUUUCUUCGGUCAACGGCUGGGUAAGCCGUCGCCGUUGAGCGCCGCCUUCUUACGGCUGCAGAAAUCCAACGGCAAAGUUGGACGGUACAACGUUGGUCCGGUUAGAAUUGUGAACGAGAAAGUAGUCGGUAUCGAUCUCGGGACUACUAACUCGGCGGUGGCCGCCAUGGAAGGAGGGAAACCCACGAUCGUUACGAAUGCGGAAGGGCAGAGAACGACGCCGUCUGUGGUGGCUUAUACCAAGAAUGGGGAUAGGUUGGUUGGGCAGAUUGCGAAGCGACAAGCCGUCGUUAACCCUGAGAAUACGUUCUUCUCCGUGAAGAGGUUUAUCGGAAGGAAGAUGUCUGAGGUGGAUGAGGAAUCGAAACAGGUUUCUUACAGGGUUGUAAGAGAUGAUAACGGGAAUGUUAAGCUCGAGUGUCCCGCCAUUGGUAAGCAAUUUGCCGCGGAGGAAAUUUCAGCUCAGGUUUUGAGAAAGCUUGUAGAUGAUGCUUCAAAGUUUUUGAAUGAUAAAGUGACCAAAGCUGUUGUUACCGUCCCUGCUUACUUCAAUGAUUCCCAACGGACAGCAACGAAGGAUGCCGGCCGAAUUGCUGGGUUAGAAGUUCUUCGGAUUAUCAAUGAACCUACUGCUGCCUCUUUGGCAUAUGGGUUUGAGAAGAAGAACAAUGAAACCAUCCUUGUGUUUGAUCUUGGAGGUGGUACAUUCGACGUUUCAGUGCUUGAGGUUGGUGAUGGUGUGUUUGAGGUGCUCUCUACAUCUGGGGACACACAUUUGGGUGGUGACGACUUUGAUAAGAGAAUUGUUGACUGGCUUGCUGAAAGCUUCAAGAGAGAUGAAGGCAUUGAUAUUUUGAAAGACAAACAAGCUCUUCAACGGUUAACCGAGACGGCUGAGAAGGCUAAAAUGGAGUUAUCGUCUUUGACUCAAGCAAACAUAAGUUUACCUUUCAUAACUGCAACUGCAGAUGGGCCUAAACACAUUGAGACCACUCUUACGAGGGUCAAGUUUGAAGAAUUGUGCUCAGACCUUCUUGACAGGCUCAAGACACCGGUGGAGAAUUCCCUCAGAGAUGCAAAAUUGUCCUUUAGGGACAUAGAUGAGGUAAUUCUUGUUGGUGGAUCAACGCGUAUCCCAGCUGUUCAGGAACUUGUGAGGAAGUUGACUGGCAAGGAACCUAAUGUGACUGUUAAUCCGGAUGAAGUUGUUGCCUUGGGGGCUGCAGUUCAGGCCGGUGUUUUAUCCGGAGAUGUCAGUGAUAUUGUGCUUUUGGAUGUGACCCCGUUGUCACUUGGUCUAGAAACUCUUGGUGGUGUUAUGACCAAAAUUAUCCCGAGAAACACCACACUGCCAACCUCAAAAUCAGAGGUGUUUUCCACAGCUGCCGAUGGCCAGACAAGCGUUGAGAUCAAUGUACUCCAAGGUGAAAGAGAGUUUGUUCGGGAUAACAAGUCUCUUGGCAGCUUCCGACUUGAUGGUAUCCCACCAGCACCACGUGGUGUACCACAGGUCGAAGUCAAAUUCGACAUUGAUGCCAAUGGCAUCCUCUCAGUCACUGCUAUUGAUAAAGGAACCGGGAAGAAGCAGGACAUCACUAUUACUGGUGCUAGUACUUUGCCGAAUGAUGAGGUUGAUAGAAUGGUUAAGGAAGCUGAGAAGUUUGCGAAAGAGGAUAAGGAGAGAAGGGACGCCAUUGACACAAAGAACCAAGCCGAUUCUGUGGUCUAUCAGACGGAGAAGCAGCUGAAAGAGCUAGGAGACAAGGUCCCGGGUCCGGUGAAAGAGAAAGUAGAGAAAAAGUUGCAAGAACUCAGGGAUGCAAUAUCACAGGACUCAACACAAGGUAUGAAGGAUGCCAUUGCUGCACUCAAUCAAGAAGUGAUGCAACUUGGUCAGUCACUUUACAACCAACCUGGUGCCGGUCCUGCGCCCGGUGCUGAAAGUGGACCUUCAGAUUCAUCAAACAAGGGACCCGAUGGGGAUGUAAUCGAUGCAGAUUUCACUGACAGCAAGUGAGGAGGAAAAAAUCAAUUAAUUGUUGGAAAAAGUCGAAA